GAAAGCAGCCGCUCCUUUUCCACCGAGCCUCCCAUCCAGCAGACCGCCUCCGUCAUGUCUCGGUUCGCCACGGGACUGUCUUCCGGGCUCCGCGCGCUCUGCGCCCGGGAGACCCGGGGACCCGGAGCCUGGCCCCGCGGCGCCGGGCCCGCCGGGAGAAACCUGAGCGUCCAGGCGACGGACCGGAGGAAGCUGAAGAGCACUGACGACCUGCCGGGACCCAGCACGUCCACCACGCUGUACUGGCUGCUCGUGAAGGGAUACGCGGACAAGAGCCACCUGCUGCAGGGGGUGCAGAAGAGACUGUAUGGACCCAUCUGGCGCUCCAGGUUCGGUCCUUAUGAGCUGGUCAACGUGGCGAGUCCGGAGCUCAUCGCCCAGGUGAUCCAGCAGGAGGGCCGCUACCCGGUCCGGGCCAAGCUGCCCCACUGGCAGGAGUACCGGGAGCUGAGGGGGCAGGCGUACGGCCUGCACGUCAGCUCGGGACCAGAGUGGCAUCACCUCCGCAGCGUCCUGAACCCCAAGAUGAUGAAGCUGAGGGAAGUGUCCGCUUUCGCUCCGGUCAUCCACCAGGUGGUUGCGGAUCUCCUGGAUCGGAUCGAGCUCCUGCGAAGCCGCAGCGCCGACCGGGCCACGGUCUCCGAUCUGGCUCCAGAACUCUACAAGUUUGGCUUUGAAGGGAUCUCCGCCAUCCUGUUCGAGACCCGGCUGGGCUGCCUGCAGGAGGAGAUCCCCCACAACACCCUGCGCUUCAUUUCCGCCGUCAACGACAUGAUGAAGAUGUCGGAGACCGUGAUGCUCUUCCCCCGCUGGAGCCGCCGCAUCCUUCCCUUCUGGAAUCGCUUCGUGCAAGCAUGGGAUGACCUCUAUGACGUUGCAAAGACGCUGAUCGACAGAAGACUGGCUGAAAUCGAAGGCCAGGUGCGCGGCGGCGAGUCCGCAGAGGGCACGUUCCUCACCUACCUGCUGCUGUCCGAGCGCCUGAGCAGAUCCGAGGUCUACAUCAGCGUCACGGAGCUGCUGCUGGGGGGAGUGGACACGACCUCCAACACUUUGUCCUGGGCGCUGUACCACUUGGCGAGGGACGGCAGGGCUCAGGACAGGCUGCACGCCGAGGUGGACUCCGUGUGUCCCGGCAAGAGGGAGCCGACCAUGACGGACCUGAGCAGCAUGCCGUACCUGAAGGCCGUCAUCAAGGAGACGUUACGCUUGUAUCCUGUCGUACCCGGAAACGCACGCUUGGUUUCAGAAGGUGAAGUGAUUUUGGACGACUACUGGUUCCCAAAAGAGACUCUGUUUCACCUGUGCCAUUACUCGGUCUGCCACGACGAGGCGGAGUUCGAUCGUCCGGAGGACUUCGUCCCGGAGAGGUGGCUCCGCGCCGACACGCCGCGCUCCCGUUUUCAGCACCAUCCUCACAGCUUCAUCCCGUUCGGCGUCGGGGUGCGAGCCUGCGUGGGGAAGAGGGUGGCGGAGAUGGAGAUGUUUUUCGCUCUGUCCAGGAUAAUGCAGCAUUACGAGGUCCAGCCUGUGGAAGAUGCUCCGACCGUGGAGCCCAAGACCCGGACGCUGCUCAUCCCCGGAGCGCCCAUCGACCUGCGCUUCCUGUGCAGAGCCUGACGGAGGCGCCGCGGAUGCUCCGCAGUUCAUGUGCAGGCAGCAGGUGAAACCUCCUCAUCAAACCUCAUGUUUUAACUGUAAGUUUGAGGAACGCGUUUGAAUCCACGACAGACUCUGUCCUCCUGUGGUGGGACGUUUUAUCGCCAAUUCCAUUUAUAUUUAAGUCUCAAACUAUAUGAAAGAUCUGAAUCUGAAAUGUAAUGUCCACGUUCAAAUCCAAGUACUUGACUAUUGUGUUUGUUUUUUCAGUUCCUAUAUUUGAUACUGGCAGUGGCUGUCUGUCCGAGCUGAAGAAUGUGGUGCGAUUGUUGUUCAGACAAAUCAGACAUUUGAUCUUUUUUUAAGAGAAUUCUUUGAGACUCGCCUCUGGAGAUCAGGUUUAUUUGGUGAUAAUUUAAGUCACACUGCUCCCUCCUGACAGCGACGUGCAACUGCAGCCUAGAAACACACAACAGUUCCAGGUUUGAACAAGUUUUAUUCAUGUGAAGCCAGUUUAAUGAAGGAAGAAGAGCAAAGAUACCAGGUCUUAGGAUAAGCUUAUAGUGUUUGAAGUGUUUGAGGAAUGUUCAACUUUAAAGAAACAAAGAGUUUCACGUGUGAAUGCUGAUUUUUUUUUUUUAAGUUGUCUGUAAAAAAAGUGUAUAAAGAGACAUUGUGUUGAUGCUACAUGCAAAAUAUCUGCAAUCAGCUUUUUUACAAACAUCCCAAUGUGGUCUUUGUGGCAUAGAUGUGCUGUGAGUGCUGUAAAUGCAAGUGACAAACUAGACCAAAACAAAGGACAGAGGACCUAAAUGUGCACAAAUCAAUAUAUCUGCAUUUAAAAAUCAAUAGCUUGGUUUUACAGCUUACGUAUGUUCCGCAUGUUUGUCAUGGGGGUGGCACCUUUUGGAUCAGGAUUCAACAUAUUGUCUGAAUAUUUCAACCUUUGAUUUGUGUUUUCUCAGUGAAACUAUGCCCACUGCCUGCAGCUGCAGAGCUCAGAUAAUGCAGGUUAGGGUCGUUCCAGCAGACGGUGAGGAGUCAGACAGUCAGGCCUGUUUGAGCCCCGGCGUGUUUGUGAAUGAUCAAGAACUUGAAUGUACGAUUGAUCAUCCAGAGAAACAUGUUUUGUGUCCUCAUCUUCUUUUCUAGAGAGGGAUAAAAGUGAGUGACAGUGAGUCUGGUGUAUGAGAAUGUAGAAGUGCCUUUGAUGCCAGAGCCUGGUUUUCCGAGGAUCACAGGACUGCUGCAGUCGUGGAAAGAUGAAUGAACAAUAACGGCUAGAUCAGCCUUCGCAGUAGCUGCACUAACAACUGUACAGGUAGAAAGCUGGACCACAGGAGGAUAAAAGCCCUGCAUGUUCCUGCUGAGGGUCCGUACAGGAUAGCAACUCGUGUGUAUAUAUAUUGUCUAAUUAAUAAACCAUUUGAUGUUUUGUUUUGUUUUUGAAUAAAGAUUUU